ACCACCCAGCAAUCUGGAGGACGCUCCUGAUUGCCCCCUGGAGACAGGUUUUUCUGUCUCCUAUCUGAAGAACUCGGAUCGAGUUCACCUAUGUCGGGAAGCAUCAUCUGGGUCCCGCUUGCCGCCAUCUGCUUCACUUUCAUUUUUACUCGAGCAGCUAUCGGGCUGCCUUUGUCUCUUUGUUCUCGGUGUUCUCCAGAUCCUUUUGUUCUCCUAUCUCUUUUAUUCCCCUCCUAACAUGGAACAGACAAUCUCAACCCCUUUGGACUUGACUUUAGCUCACUGGACUGACGUUAAGAGCCGAGCUCAUAGUUUAUCUGUUGAAAUAAAGAAAGGAAAAUGGCAAACUCUAUGUGAGGGAGAAUGGACUAUGUUUAAUGUUGGAUGGCCCCAAGGAGGGACCUUUAACCCAGAUCUUAUUCAGGCUGUUAAACGGAUCAUCUUGCAGGAGGCUGGAGGCCACCCCGACCAGAUGCCUUACAUUUUUACUUGGCAGGAUCUUGUCCAAGACCCGCCUUCCUGGUUGAAGCCCUGGAUUCCUCCCCAACCCACUAACAGUAUCCCCUCGGGGACUUCAAAAGUUCUCGUUGCAGUACCCCCCCGGGAGGAAAAGAAGAUUUACCCGGACAUUCAGAUGGAGCUCCUCCUGGAUUCACCACCACCCUACCCGCCAACCCACACCCCCACAGCUCCUCCUCCUGCCCCCUCACCAGAAGGGGCACAGGGGGGCCCAGCCACAGGGAACCGAAGUCGGCGAGCUCUGUCUCCUGAUACUACCGUUGCCCUACCACUCAGGGCUAUAGGACCCUCACCCCCUUUAGGACCAGGGGAUGACCCAACUCAGAGAACUCUGCCACCCCUACAAUAUUGGCCUUUCUCCUCCGCAGACCUUUAUAAUUGGAAGGCCAACCACCCUCCCUUCUCGGAGGGCCCCUCAAAAUUAACUGCACUCAUGGAAUCCCUAGUUUCCUCCCACCAGCCCACAUGGGACGAUUGCCAGCAGUUACUCCGGACCCUCUUUACGACCGAGGAGAGGGAACGUAUCCUGUUGGAAGCCAGAAAGAAUGUCCCUGGUGACGACGGGUGCCCAACCCAACUCCAGAACGUCAUAGAUGACGGGUUCCCCCUGAUCAGACCCAACUGGGACUUCAACACCCCUGACGGUAGGGAGCAUCUCCGAAUCUAUCGCCAGGCUCUGGUGGCUGGUCUCCGCGGGGCUGCAAGAUGCCCUAACAAUUUGGCCAAGGUAAGGGAAGUCAUUCAGGGACCUAAUGAGGUCCCCUCUGUGUUCCUUGAGCGCCUCAUGGAGGCCUAUCGUAGGUAUACGCCCUUUGAUCCUAUGGUGGAGGAACAAAGAGUUUCAGUGCUGAUGUAUUUUGUAGAUCAGUCAGCACCAGAUAUCAGAAGGAAAUUACAAAGACUAGAUGGGUUAAGCCAUUAUACUCUGUCAGACUUAGUUAAGGAAGCAGAAAAGGUUUAUAAUAAAAGAGAAACUGAAGAGGUAAAAGAAGAGAGAAGGGCAAAACAACAGGAAGAAAGGGACCAAAAACGAGAUAAGAGACAUGAAAAAAACAUGACUAGAAUUCUGGCCGCCGUAAUCCAGAAUAAAGGAAGUGCAGGCAGACCUAGGGAUACUAGGCAGAAGCAGAACCCAGGCAACAGGCACCAAUUAGAAAAGGACCAAUGUGCCUAUUGCAAAGAGAAGGGACACUGGAUUAAGGACUGCCCCAAAAAGAAACCAAAGGAGGUUUUGACCCUAGAAGAUGAUGAAUGAGGGGGACGGGGCUCGGAUCCCCUCCCCGAGCCUAGGGUAACCUUGAAGGUGGAGGGGAAACCCAUCCAAUUUCUGGUGGACACUGGCGCCCAACAUUCAGUCCUACUGAAAUCAGAGGGACCCAUUUCCAACAGAAAAUCUUGGGUGCUGGGGGCUACUGGAAAUCACCAAUUUUCAUGGACUACCCGAAGAACAGUGGACCUAGGCGUGGGCCGGGUAUCCCACUCGUUCCUUGUAAUUCCAGGCUGCCCUGCCCCCUUAUUGGGACGGGACUUGCUAACAAAAAUGGGAGCUCAAAUUACCUUCACAAAGAAGGGCCCUCAAGUAACUGAUCAACAUGGGAAAAUUAUCCAUGUUUUAACCAUGAAAUUAGAAGAUGAACAUAGACUAUUUGAACGGCCUCAAACUAACACAGACAUGAAUAAAUGGCUCACCAAAGUCCCGGGAGCCUGGGCUGAAACUGCCGGGAUGGGACUGGCUUCCCAUCAACCACCAAUAAUUGUUAAUCUAAAGGCUUCUGCAACCCCCGUCUCAGUACGACAAUACCCCAUGACCCAGGAGGCCAGAGAAGGAAUCAAACCUCACAUAAUGAGGCUUCUAAAAUUAGGGGUUAUAAAAAGGUGCCAAUCCCCUUUGCUGCCAGUGCGCAAGCCAAACACCAAUGACUAUCGCCCAGUUCAAGACUUAAGAGAGGUUAACAAAAGGGUCGAAGACCUACACCCAACUGUGCCCAAUCCCUAUAACCUCCUGAGUUCACUACCCCCGGACCGGGACUGGUACACAGUCUUGGACCUGAAAGAUGCUUUUUUCUGCUUGCCAUUAAAUGAAAAGAGUCAACCUAUCUUUGCCUUUGAAUGGAAGGACCCUGACUCCGGAAUCUCCGGACAGUUGUCUUGGACUAGGCUGCCCCAAGGAUUCAAAAAUUCACCCACCAUCUUUGACGAGGCACUUCACCAGGACCUGGCCUCCUUCCGAACCUCAAACCCCCAGGUAACUCUCCUCCAAUACGUUGCCGACUUACUCCUCGUGACUGGAACCCAAACUGAAAGUGAACAGGGGACAAAGGCACUAUUGAAGGAACUGGCCCACCUGGGUUACCGCGCCUCGGCGAAGAAGGCCCAACUCUGCAAAAGGCAAGUAAACUACUUGGGGUAUUCUCUGAAAGGAGGGUGGAGAUGGCUGACGGAAGCAUGUAAGCAGGCUGUGGAACAGAUCCCAGUGCCUGCAAAUGCCAGGCAAAUACGGGAAUUCCUGGGAUCUGCAGGAUUUUGUAGACUGUGGAUACCGGGGUUUGCCACCCUGGCGGCCCCCCUUUACCCCUUGACUAAGACGUCUGCAGUUUUCCAAUGGGGAGAGGAACAACAACAGGCUUUUGACGACAUCAAGCGUGCCCUCUUAAAGGCACCUGCUCUCUCCCUUCCCGACACCUCCAAGCCAUUUUACUUGUAUAUACAUGAGCAGAAAGGCAUUGCAAAAGGGGAUGCUGAUAAAUUAACUCUGGGGCAGACUGUCACAGUCAUUGCAUCCCAUGCACUGGAGAGUGUCAUCCGUCAGCCUCCAGACCGAUGGCUCUCAAACGCCCGAAUCACCCACUACCAGAGUCUCCUCCUUAACUCGGACAGGGUCAAGUUUGCACCCCCCACUCAACUAAAUCCGGCUACCCUCUGGCCAGAUCCCGACUCCACAGUAAUUCACAGCUGUGGGGACAUCUUGGCUGAGGUUACUGGAAUGAGACCUGAUCUGACGGACCAGCCACUACCAGAUGCCAAGGUAACCUGGUUCACUGAUGGCAGUAGCUACCUCCUUGAAGGUAAGCAGAUGGCGGGGGCGGCAAUUGUUGACGGAGACAGGGUGAUCUGGGCUAACAAACUGCCUGAAGGGACUUCAGCCCAGAAGGCCGAACUAAUUGCAUUAACCCAAGCCUUAAAUAUGGCAGAAGGGAAAAAGGCUACCAUAUAUACAGACAGCCGGUAUGCUUUUGCAACUGCACAUGUGCAUGGUGCCAUCUACCGGCAGAGAGGGUUAUUAACCUCUGCGGGAAAAGAAAUCAAAAACAAACAAGAAAUUUUAGAUUUACUCAAUGCCCUGCAUCGGCCUGCCAAGCUGGCUAUAGUCCAUUGUCCGGGGCACCAAAAAGGAAACUCUCUAGUGGCAAGAGGAAACAGGAUGGCUGAUGUAGAGGCCAAAAAGGCUGCUCAAGGAACAAAAUUAAUAGAAACUCUCAAAAAGACUGAUUAUCACAUAAUAGGACUUAAAGAAAUAGCUGAGAAGCUGGUAAAACAAUGCAUCCCAUGUCAAAAAGUAAAUGCCCAGACCUCCCAGACGGACCCUGGUAAGAGACUUCGCGGAGAUCGACCAGGCUUGUAUUGGGAGACUGAUUUCACCGAGCUGAAAUCUGCCCACUAUGGGAAUAAAUAUCUUCUAGUUUUUAUAGACACAUUCUCUGGAUGGGUGGAAGCCUACCCCACUAAGAAAGAGACAGCCACAAUGGUAACCAAAAAACUUUUAGAAGAAAUCAUCCCCAGAUAUGGGGUACCUCAGGUAAUAGGCUCAGACAACGGUCCUGCCUUUGUUGCCCAGGGGCCCUUCACGGUACUCCUGACGACACCCACUGCCGUGAAGGUAGACGGGAUAGCUGCCUGGAUCCACGCAUCUCACGUGAAACCAGCUCCAUCACUUGACCCCCGCUGGCAGCUGACAAAGACUGAUAACCCCCUUAAACUACGCCUUCACUGUGUCUCUGUCAAUCAUGAUGAAGUUUUUUAA